AUGGGUCAGGCCCAGAGUCCACUUCACAAUCAGUCUGAAAAGACUGAAAAAACAAACGUUUGUCUAUUUGGCAAACGUAAAAAGCAAAAGAACAAGGCUGCUGCUGCCUGGAUGCCCGGCUGGAUCCUCAGCCUCAAGAAAAAGAACCGAAUUACACCAGUUACUGAUGAACACGACAACGUUUCCAGUUCUGGUAAAACCUCUCUCACCAAGAAAGAGGAAAUGAUUCUGGUGAUUGAGGACCUGGAGUUUACAUCUGCUCAGGCAGUCCAGCCAGCCGAGAAGCAGAGGAAGCUGAUCAUUACAACUGCUCAGGUACACAAGUCAGCCAAGGAGCUGGAAAAUAUUGCUGAUCUGGCAGAUACACCAGCCGAACAGCUGGAAAAUACCUCUGCUCAGGCAGAAACACCAGCCGAACAGCUGGAAAAUACCACUGCUCAGGCAGACACACCAGCCGAACAGCUAGAAAAUACCACUGCUCAGACAGACACACCAGCCGAACAGCUGGAAAAUACCACUGCUCAGGCAGAAACACCAGCCGAACAGCUGGAAAUGACAUCUGCUCGAGCAGACACACCAGCCGAACAGCUGGAAAAUACCUCUGCACAGGCAGACACACCAGCCGAACAGCUGGAAAUGAUGUCUACUCAGGCAGACACACCAGCCGAACAGCUGGAAAAUACCUCUGCUCAGGCAGACACACCAGCCGAACAGCUGGAAAAUACCUCUGCACAGGCAGACACACCAGCCGAACAGCUGGAAAAUACCUCUGCACAGGCAGACACACCAGCCGAACAGCUGGAAAUGAUGUCUACUCAGGCAGACAAACCAGCCGAACAGCUGGAAAAUACCUCUGCACAGGCAGACACACCAGCCAAACAGCUGGAAAAUACCACUUUUCUUGCAGACAAGCCAGCCAAACAGCUGGAAAAUGCCACUGCACAGGCAGACACACCAGCUGAACAGCUGGAAAAUACCUCUGCACAGGCAGACACACCAGCCAAACAGCUGGAAAAUACCUCUGCUCAGGCAGACACAUCAGCCAAACAGCUGGAAAAUACCACUUCUCUUGCAGACAAGCCAGUCAAACAGCUGGAAAAUGCCUCUGCACAGGCAGAAACACCAGCCGACCUGCUGGAAAAUACCUCUGCUCAGGCAGAAACACCAGCCAAACAGCUGGAAAAUACCUCUGCUCAGGCAGACACACCAGCCGAACAGCUGGAAAAUACCUCUGCUCAGGCAGACACACCAGCCAAACAGCUGGAAAUUACCACUUCUCUUGCAGACACACCAGCCGAACAGCUGGAAAAUACCUCUGCUCAGGCAGACACACCAGCCGAACAGCUGGAAAGGACCACUUCUCUUGCAUCCACAACAGCUGAACAGCUGGAAAAUACCUCUACAGAGGCAGACACAACAGCUGAACAGCUGGAAAAUGUCUCUACACAGGCAGACAAGCCAGUCAAACAGCUGGAAAACACAUCUGUUCAGGCAGACACACCAGUUGAGGAGCAGGAGAGUCAGAAUUCAGAUCAGAUUAAUGAUUCCUGGGAAAAAGAGAAAUCAGAUGAAAAGAUGGAGCUGGAUCAGAUGUUUUCUAAGGGAGACCAAGACAAGAACCUGGUGAUGGGACGUUACGAGAUCAACCUGGUUUCCAGUGAAAGCAGUGACCAUGAUGAGGAGAUCCAGAGACUGGAGCUCACACAAAACCAGCAUGUAGACGAGCUGAUUCACAAGGUGGAGCAACCCUGCAACCUGAUUGUCCUGUUAUCACAUGAUCAACAAUUGGAGCUGGAAAAUAUUGCUGAUCUGGCAGAUACACCAGCCGAACAGCUGGAAAACACCUCUGCUCAGGCAGAAACACCAGCCGAACAGCUGGAAAAUACCACUGCUCAGGCAGACACACCAGCCGAACAGCUAGAAAAUACCACUGCUCAGACAGACACACCAGCCAAACAGCUGGAAGAUACCUCUGCUCAGGCAGACACACCAGCCGAACAGCUGGAAAAUACCUCUGCUCAGGCAGACACACCAGCCGAACAGCUGGAAAAUACCUCUGCUCAGGCAGACACACCAGCCGAACAGCUGGAAAAUACCUCUGCUCAGGCAGACACACCAGCCGAACAGCUGGAAAAUACCUCUGCACAGGCAGACACACCAGCCGAACAGCUGGAAAAUACCUCUGCACAGGCAGACACACCAGCCGAACAGCUGGAAAAUACCUCUGCACAGGCAGACACACCAGCCGAACAGCUGGAAAAUACCUCUGCACAGGCAGACACACCAGCCGAACAGCUGGAAAUGAUGUCUACUCAGGCAGACACACCAGCCGAACAGCUGGAAAAUACCUCUGCUCAGGCAGACACACCAGCCGAACAGCUGGAAAAUACCUCUGCACAGGCAGACACACCAGCCGAACAGCUGGAAAAUACCUCUGCACAGGCAGACACACCAGCCGAACAGCUGGAAAUGAUGUCUACUCAGGCAGACAAACCAGCCGAACAGCUGGAAAAUACCUCUGCACAGGCAGACACACCAGCCAAACAGCUGGAAAAUACCACUUUUCUUGCAGACAAGCCAGCCAAACAGCUGGAAAAUGCCACUGCACAGGCAGACACACCAGCUGAACAGCUGGAAAAUACCUCUGCACAGGCAGACACACCAGCCAAACAGCUGGAAAAUACCUCUGCUCAGGCAGACACAUCAGCCAAACAGCUGGAAAAUACCACUUCUCUUGCAGACAAGCCAGUCAAACAGCUGGAAAAUGCCUCUGCUCAGGCAGAAACACCAGCCAAACAGCUGGAAAAUACCUCUGCUCAGGCAGACACACCAGCCGAACAGCUGGAAAAUACCUCUGCUCAGGCAGACACACCAGCCAAACAGCUGGAAAUUACCACUUCUCUUGCAGACACACCAGCCGAACAGCUGGAAAAUACCUCUGCUCAGGCAGACACACCAGCCGAACAGCUGGAAAGGACCACUUCUCUUGCAUCCACAACAGCUGAACAGCUGGAAAAUACCUCUACAGAGGCAGACACAACAGCUGAACAGCUGGAAAAUGUCUCUACACAGGCAGACAAGCCAGUCAAACAGCUGGAAAACACAUCUGUUCAGGCAGACACACCAGUUGAGGAGCAGGAGAGUCAGAAUUCAGAUCAGAUUAAUGAUUCCUGGGAAAAAGAGAAAUCAGAUGAAAAGAUGGAGCUGGAUCAGAUGUUUUCUAAGGGAGACCAAGACAAGAACCUGGUGAUGGGACGUUACGAGAUCAACCUGGUUUCCAGUGAAAGCAGUGACCAUGAUGAGGAGAUCCAGAGACUGGAGCUCACACAAAACCAGCAUGUAGACGAGCUGAUUCACAAGGUGGAGCAAUGCCAAUGA